AUUUUUCAUCAUUCGUCAGUCGCUAUUAAUUAGCACAUCGAUGCAUGUAAGAUCAUCAAAUGUUAAGUAAAAUGAUACGUAGGAGUGCCUGCCAAAUAGCUAGCUCGAUUCAUUCAAGUCCUCAUGCAGAGGUGUACAACGUUCCAAUGGACGUAAUUAUUAGACCUUUUCUUGCUGAAGUGAACGAGGAAAAGGUCCAAAGUUUAAUGAAUGCGUUGAAAAACGUCGAAACUGAGGACACAGUACCACCCAUUGACGUUUUGUGGAUUAAAGGAAGCGAAGGUGGUGAUUAUUAUUACUCUUUUGGUGGUUGUCAUCGUUAUACCGCCCAUCAACGAUUAGGCAAAGUAUCUAUUAAAGCCAAAAUAAUUCAAUCAACUUUAAUGGAUUUACGAUGUUAUCUGGGAAAUUCUACUCCAGACUUAAAGUGAUUGCAUGUAUAUAUGUGUAUACAUAUCUAUAAUGUAACUGAAUUACUUACAAUACUUACAUGAACAUGCUUAAAUAUUAUACUUUUUACUGUUAUACAUAUAUAUAUAUAUUGUAUAAUAUAAUUUUUGAAG